UUUCAGUUGGACGGUAGAGCAGUCGGCGGCCAUCGGCUUCUAGGCUUUUAAUAAUCACCUGGAAACCCUCUUACGGGCCCAGUAGGAGUCUGUUAAAGCCUGUUGCCACGGUAGCGGGCGGCGUCACGUUGAGUUUGGACGGUGAGGUGGGGAGGAGCGGAGAGCGGACUAGGACAGUUGGAUCUUCCCAGGGAACCGAACGGGCGAUGGAUGACUGUGAUUUAAAGAAACUCGCGGUUACUCCGGGGACCUUGGAUCCUCCCUUUAAUCCCAAAGUGACUUUGUAUAAAGUGAUGGUCGGCAGUGAAGCUGUCAAAAUCACUGUUUACGCCGUGACGAGCGACAGCGGGGCCUCUUAUCAAGUCAUUGGUGCAGAUGAUAGUAAAUCCGUUGUCCUUAAAGAUGGUGUAAAUAAAAUUCACAUUGAGGUUGCUGCAGAAGAUGGAACUCUGAAGCAAUAUACAGUUCAGGCAAUCAAACUCACUUCAAGCACUCCAUUGUUAAGUGGACUGAAAGUAGCCGAAAAGUUAGAGCUUGAUCCCGCGUUUUCAAUGUCUGUGUAUGAAUAUACAUGUUUAGCACCACUGAAUAUGACCACUGUAAAUAUUCAACCAACAGUUCCAGACAAUAAAAUGCAAGUUACUAUUAAUGGGUCAAAAGGCAGUAAUCCAAUACAGCUAUCUGUAGGAAAUACCAAAGUGGAAGUGAAUGUUACAUCAGCAGAUGGCACACAGUCCCAGAUCUAUCGGGUCAUUGUUGCUCAUGCAUACAUUCCAUGGUCUAUCAAUUUUGUAAAUGAAAGUGAUGCCAUUGAUUUUGAGUGUCCUAUAACCCUUAAGGCUUUCUACCAGCCGGUCUCUAUAAAAAGAAGUGAUCCCAAGCACAUUUUCUCAGAAUCAAGAGUUAAAUUCCUCACUCGAAAGACAAUGUGUGAUCCCAUCGAUGAAACUCCCUUUGAUCAAGAUUGGUGUGUUCCAGAAUACGAAUUGGACAAAAGAAUGUCAGCUGCUACUGUUUAUUGUUGCUUCAAAUAUCGAGGUUGUCCAAAUGUAAUGCCACUGGGGGAACUUGGACCCCAUAUAAAGCAGUGUCCUAACCGACCACCAGCUGAACUGGAUUCUAAGGACGUCACAGGGACUUCAUGGUAUCAAACAGACUUUGGUCUUACAUCAAAGCCAAAACCUCAUCUCAACCAUACUGUACAGGUGCGUUCCUGGGAGAAGAAUCUUCACGACCAAUCUAAUAAUGAUGGGAAUGUUGAGAAACUCUGCAGCAAUGCUUCAAAUGAAAUAAAAAUGUACAGAGAACUUCUUUCCAAAUCAGUGUCUUACUAUGAAGAUGGGAAAUCCCCUGUGGAUUUACUACAUAGGGCAGCAGUGAACUAUGCUUUGGCUAUAAAAUUGAAACCAAAGGACCCUGAAUUGCACUUCCAGCUGGGUGUGGUGUUGGAGGAACAUUACUAUGUGAAAGUGAUAUAUGGAGUUGUGAAGAUGGAUAAAGAAGACGAUCCAGAAAAGCUCAGUGCUGCUGAGAUCGCUGGGAGAGAUGAUGAAAUCUUGGCAAUAUGUAAACUUCAUGGCAAGAAGGGAACAACCACAAUAGAACAACUGAAGGCAUUAGACUUGGAAUAUCAUUACUUGAAGGAACAAGGACAGUCUGCAAGAGCUGACUACAUUCAAACACUUUACAACUGGAAAUCCCAAAAGUCUGUAAAGGACAGUCAAAAGAAACCAACACAAUCUGAUGGGCAAAAUUACAUGGACUGGGCUUUUCUGAAGUACAUGGAUGCUUCAUCUCUGCAACCUCAAAAAUGGCAAUAUAAUUUCCAUGUUGGACGUUUGCUGUUAUUUCAAAAGAAGAAUAAUGAAGCAUUGAAGUUUUUGCACACCGCACUAGCACAGAAACCAACAGAACCUUCUACUAGGUUCUAUGCAGGUCUGGUUGUGUUGGAUCGGGAUAAAGGAUUAGGUCCUCAGACACGAUAUGCUGUUCAAUACCUACUGCAGGGUUUAGAACAAUUACUGACUGACCUUGAAUCUUUAGAUCAGAACCCAGCAAGUGAAGAUGCACCAUUUCUUCGAGCUUUAAAUACAUUUUCUCUUCUGAAUAUUCAGUUGCUCAGAGGAAUAUUCAGGCUAGGAACAUUUCUCUUCAAUCCACCUGCUGGACUGCCAGAAAAAACAAUGGCACCUAAGCAAGUGCUUCACUUUUCUGUAGAUUUAGCUGCCUGGGCUUUGUGUAAAUAUCCAUAUCGUGGAUCUUUAAGUCAAAAAUUGGAAUGGCUGCUUCUUGAAUCCCAUUUAACCCUUUUAGAGUUGCAUUCCAAAAAAUCAAAUCCGAAUGAAGAGAUGAUCAGUAAAAGAUGUCAGAAUUUAUCUUCACUAUUAAAAAAUACCAAUAUUCCAAUCUGCAGUGAACUACUAGAGAUGCAGCAAAUGGUGUGCCAAUUAAGAGUAGAAACAACUCCCUGUGACAGUAAUGCUCUCUACAUGCUUGGCUUGGCACAGAUGGUUGAAUAUGACAAUGAGUCUUCUCCAGCAAAAGCCAAACAACUGAUUGAAGAUGCUUGCUUAAGCUUCAAAGCCAGUAUUAGCAUGGAGAACAAACCAAUAUCUGGGAAACCACCAGUAGAACUAACUAAACAGAAAUGGUGGCAGGAUUUUAAACUGGAAGAAAGCCAAAAGGUUCAGCAGCAGGACCGACAGGAAAAGCAGAGGGUCGAGGAGGAGCAGGAGCAGCCAGGAGUAAAAAGUGAAAACAUUACACCUACUGCUGCUGCAAGAGGUGGAUCUGCCAGAGGCAGAGGCACAGGCACUUCCACAAGAGGAUCCACUGUACCAUCAAAAACAACCCUUCCAGGCCGUGGUAGAGCAAGCGAGAUGCCCAAAGGUGCCAGGGGGCGUGCCAUUACCAAACCUGCUCCUGCUCCUGCUCCUGCUCCUGCUGGCAAAACAACUGAAAAGACAUCUGCUAAAGAUACAAACCAGACUGCCAUGACUUCCAGUAACGCAGCUCAGACUGCUCAUUCACGACAGAUUUCCUCAGGCAUAAAUCGAGUUUCCUUUGCAAGUCGUUUAGGAUUGGCUCGCGCUUUAACACGCAUUGAUGAAACAUCUGCUGAUGCUCAACGUUAUUACAAUGAAGUAAUUAAAAUGGCGCCAGAGGUUCAUGAUGCCUACGUUGAGUUAGCAAACCUUCUCCUGAAAUCUGACCCCUUGCGGGCUGUGGAUAUUUAUUCCAAAUUUCCUGUGAAACCCAUCAAUGAGCAAACUUAUGAUGACGCUUUCAUUACUGGAGAAAUAGUUCGUCUUUUAAUGAAAUUUGAAAAAUAUGACGACUCCCGUUUGGCCCCAAACCUGAUUGCAUAUGGAAAAGUAAUGGGAAUAGCUUCCAUAGAUGGUUACAUUAACAUUCUUGACCAGAAAAUGAAGACUGAACUUCUGAUGAAUGUCUAUGCAGGAAUCCAUGAGAAACCUAUUCAAGAUCCAGAUCUUCAAGCAUUCUUCACAUUCAAGCACUGGAUAUAGGAUUCUUGCUAUUAGUAAUAAAGUAACAUGUUAGCAGAGCAGGAAUAUGCAUCCUGCUGAAGACAAACAUUUCAAAAGUUUGAAAAUUGUGUUCAAGUUUGUGUAAGUCCAAACAAGCACCAAUUUAAGAGUUUUCCUUCGGUUUAUACAAAAUACUCUGUACAUCAGGUGAUGCCUUUUCAUUUUACGUUAUGCCACUUAGCUGCAGUACCUCUUACAAUUAAUUGAUAAUGAAUCACUUCUGCUUUAUUUCCAUAAACAAAUAAUUCAUGAUGUUUAAUCUGCUAUGGGCUUGAAUUAAAUAGUUAAAAUAUCAAUCAUUUUAAGAAGUCUUCAGUUUUAUUAAUUGAUACAGUUAUGAAAAAUGUCAUAUCCCCUUAAAGGCAUGUCAUCAUUGAAAUAAAAACUGGGCAUUCUCAGUUCUGAUGAAGCUUUGACCUGAAAUAUUAACUGCUUCUCUUUCCUUUGGUGCCACCUGACCUACUGAGCUGAUCCAGCAUUUCCUGUUCUUUAAUUUCAGAUUUUGAGCCUCUGUAGUUUUUGUUUUGAUCGUUGUGUUUUCAUAGAUUUGGGUAACUGAUGGUGCAAUCAUCUGGAGAGCAAGAGAUACUUGUCAGCCAUCCAAUGCUAAUACUGCCUUUUGGUACAGCAAUCCACAUGGAUCCUACACUAGAGCCUUGUGAAGGAGGAAGCUUGCAGAUCUGUUCAUUACUAUACAUGGUACCUCAUUUCAUUUAUCAUCUGGUUGGCCUGUCUUCAUUAUUUACUACCUUCCAUGUGGCCAGUUGGAAAGCAGACCUUCUUUUGCCUAAAUGGAUGAUUCUUACUGCAAAUCUGUCUUUUCUUCAUUUGUUUGUUCAGUAAUGGUGCUCAAGAUAAUUUUCCUUUAUGAUUACUCUGAAUAAAGUCCUGAUAGAUCCUUAUAUCAGAUCAAACUUAGUGCUCGAAACCCUGCAAUGGGCAGAAAAAAGAAAUGCAUUUUCCAUGUGUAAAAGGCAAUAUCUAUUUUGAGAAAAGCAUUAGUAUUCCAAGUUGGUAUGUUUUGUUUAGAAGUGGUAAAUACUAAAUUAAACAGGUUUUAAAAUAAUGAUGGAGGUCCCAUGGUUGAAUUGGUCAAAGCACCAACUAAUAAUGGUGAAAUAUCUAGGUUAAAAUUCCAUCCAUGUCAUUAUCAUUACACGAGUGACUGGCAUGCGUGAAACUUCAUACCAAUGCUGUACUUUAAAGUAAGAAUUGCUAGCAUGAAAAUUUACUGAUUUCAAUGGACACAUGUCAAAAUAGAUCCAGUCCCUGCAAAUGCUACUUCCAAUAAAGUGUCGUUUGGCAAUUGGGUACGUUUCUUAAGUAUACUUGUACCAAAAUCUAACAGAAUUCUUUGUCCUUCCUCAAGUAUCUCUUUGGUGUCUCCAGGUCUCAAU